AUGCCGCGAUCAUCACCUACGCCUUAUCGAGCCAAAAAAUCGCUCAUACCCUCUUCUCCACCUUCUCAAUCAAAUCGAUUCCGUCGUGCUCAUCUUCGGUCAUCAUCAGGAGAAACGAUCAUCAAGGGAUUAUCGAAUUGGAGAAGGGGAGCGAAAUCAAAAUCAAAAUCAAAAUCAAAAUCAAAAUCAAAAUCAAAAUCAACCUCAACUAUCCAACAUCGUCAGAAUGGUCAAGUGAAUAAUGACGACUCGUUCGAGAAACCAUAUAGUAGAAACACUAUAUCAAGUGCAAGAGGCUUGGGUAUGGGGAUGAAAGGUACUCCGGCUAAAAUAGUGAGAAAGAGUAGUAAAGCUAGUUUGGGAACUACUUCGACACCAAUUCAUCGAAUAAGACUGAGAUCGCAUAGUCCUACUGAAACAAAUGAAUCUCCUCAAAGUUCUGCAAUCCCAAUCACAUCAACUGAAGAAGAAAUCACUUCACCGAGUCUUGUAUCAGAUCCUCAACUUACACCGAUCCCUCUAUCUCGACAUGAUCCCAUAGGCUUAUCCGAUAGGAGAAUCGAUCAUGACUCGUUAUUCUCACCUUCGACUUCCGGUACCAACAGAAGAGACACGCUUUUCCUUGACAGGGAAGAGCUCGUCGUACCUUUGAAUGAUUUGUCUACUCCGUCUGCAAUAUCUUCAGCGAGAAAAGAUGAAAACAUCGUUGAUCAUGGCGCUGAAACGACUAUACGACAGGAAGAGACAAGUAUCCUCGUAACAGACUCGGAUGACAGAUCAGACUUCUCCAUACCUCUGAAUGAUCUUUCUCAACCAUCCUCGUCAAUAACAGCGAAAAACCGAUUUCGCAAGUCGUCAAGUGGAUCAAGUAAGAUCAAGGAGAGAAGAUCGACCCCUAGAAAAGCAAAAGGUCUUGAGAUCACUCCACCUCCUUCUGACAGUAUGGAUCAAGAAGAUGAAGCGGAUCCUUAUGAUCUUGGUUCUCCAGCCAGUAAAGAGAAUCAAGAAUUUGAGGGCGGUCAAAGAUCAAUGGAAGAGGAUGAAUUCUCGGUAGAGACAGCUCGAUGUAGUAAAGCUGGGCGACAAAUUUCUUCGUCUGCAAGUGAAUAUUUUCGAGCAAGCGGAACGAUUGCAAGAGACGAUGGAGAGACCAAACGUAUUGGCAGUCCUCAACAAGAAUAUGACUAUGGAAUGAAUUUCGAAAAAGGCGAUGACGAUUUUACUCACCAGGCGGUAGAUGAUCCCAUGGAUCCUUUCUGCCGAUCUGUCAUAAAUAGCGAGAACUUGCAUCUUGCACAAUCAUAUCAUUCCUUCUCACCUCCCGAGCCGCGACUUGAUGAAUUAGCCUCCAAUAGAACAUCCUUGAGCUCAAGCGGAGAUGAAGAAGAUGACCAUUUCGGUUUUUGGUGGAUGCAGCGAUUUGUGCGAGACAAAGUCCCUCGACCUUUUCAUCCUUCAUCCGAGCCUAGUUCCCCUGUUCCACCUCCGGCCAACUCUUCGAUGUUAUUCUCUCCGACGCCAUCUUUACCAGAAUCUUUCGAUCGAGUAUCUGACAGCAUCGAAAGUCUGCCACCUCAAGAGAGAAGACAGAGCGGGGGGAUACCAAGUAGAUGGAGAGGCGCAAGGGUGUUGAAACGUAUGGCAGGCGACAUUGUGUCUCACUCUGCCGUCACAUCGAGCGACAGUGAGCAGGGAGAGCAUGACAAGUCGGAUGAAGGAGAGAUAACGCGUAUCGGAAAGAGAAAGAGGAGAAGAAUUCGAGAUAAAUCUGAAACUCCCGAGCCGAGUCAAGAAGCAAUUGAAGCCCGUCAAGCUCGUAUAAAUCAUUAUCGCGAUCUGCAAGAGAACUAUCAACUCCAUGUAGAAUACGUACUUUGGUGA